CAUAUCACGAUGAUUUACAUGAUAUUCAUUUGGCACGUAAAAUACAUAAAGGUUUACGUCCAAGCAUUCCAAAACAUGUACCAAAGUUAGUUGCUGAUUUGAUCAAUAGAUGUUGGAAUGAUCAGCCAGAAGAAAGACCAACUUCUGAAAAAAUAUGCGACACCAUAAGCAAUUGGAAUAAUGAAAUCAAAAAUAAUGAAGUAACUGAGUUCGUUGUGCAAAUAAGAGAGGCUGAUAAAAUGAUUAAAAAUAACAUGAUUCUGAUAAACAGUCAAAAUAUUUAG